GGGUCUUGGGAGUGUUGGAAGAAAUGUCCAUCUGGGUUCAGUUACAAGUGGGGAAAAAGACACUGGAAUAUAUGGAGACUAUUGGGAAAGAUGGUUUAAUGGUGGACAGGAUCACAUGGUUUGAGAUCCCGGUCAAAAAAGGCACAUGGAGUGGGGAGAGAGAGACAGAUAUUUAUACCCUCUGUUGGGAUUUGAAUUUGAGCUCGUGUUCUGAUUGGUGGUCAGACUCCCAUGGGACCAUGCAGGGGUAACUUGGUAGGUUGUCUGUGUCCUAGGCUUGGUUGACUCCUGCGGGGUGAUGAUGUAAUGAAAGGGCUUGGGGCAAUUCCUAGUAGGGCUCUGCCUGAAGGACGUAGAUCUUUGUUAUGUAGAAUAGGCUGGCCCAGGCCUUAAUGAUCCAUUGACAAAGGUGGAGGGGGGGGGCUGAUAUUCUGCCCCCUUUUUAAUAUUUCCUAGAAUAUUUCAUUUUUCUAGGAGAGGGGUGGGUGCUAACUUCCUACAAGGGCGUUAGGGAAGAGGGGUAGAAGGCAGUCUGGGGCUCUUAAGGCAAGAGGGGAGCCUGGGGAAAGCAGGGAGAUGGACCCAGGGACAUAGGGGGGGAGUCUGGAGUCUGGUUUUGCGGGUGCACUCACAAAAUGGCCCUGGAGGGUCCAGCCUGGCCUAAACUGAUUUUGGUCACUGUUUAACGUGUUUAACCUGUUUAACCUGGAACAAAGUCAAGAGCUCGAUUCAAUAAUUCAUGCCAUGUUCUUGCAUGAUUUAUGCUGAAAUAAUUUAGAUGUCCUCUGAGUUCCCAGCCCGUAACGGCGCCUCUGUUCUCGUCUGAUUACGGUUUCACAAAAACCCUUUUCUUUUUUCUUUUUUCUUUUUUUCAAUUUUAAAAACAAACUUUAUUAAACAUAUAAAAGCAAAAUAAUACACCAUGUGUAUACAAAACACAUAUAUAUCCAUAUAAACAACACUACAUCAAAAGAAAAAGUGACUUUGAUCACAUAUCCGUUCUGUUAUUGACGGUGCAUUUUUUAAAAAAUUUUUGUUAUCAUUCAGAAUUUUGCGUUUGCCCUCAUUUCUCCGAGUUACCCAAUUGUACUAUUUAUUCCAUACUAUACAAUAUUUUGAGUCUGCCUUCUCUUUCAAUUCGAAGGUUAAUCCAUUUCCACACAAUUAUAGAUUUUUUUGAAUUUGUUGGUAGUUGAUCAGUUUUCCAAAAUUGAGCUAGCGCCAAUCUGGCUGCAGUGACUAUAUGUAGCAUUAAAUUCUUUCUUUCUUUCUUAGAAUUUUCUUUAAUCAUCCCUAGUAAAAAUAUUUCUGGUUUAAGUUCUAUUUUUUCCGAUGUUAUUUCUAUUAGCCAAAUCCUUAUUUUUCCCCAAUACUUCCAAUUUUUUGGGCAAAGCCACCAAACAUGGAGAAAAGUGCCCUGUGCCUGCUUGCAUUUCCAGCCAGUUCGAAUACAUUUUCGCUAACCUUGAAGGGGCCAGAUACCAUCUAUAUCACAUUUUAUACUGGUUCUCUUUAUAAACUACUGAUUUUGUCAUAAUAUAAUUAUUUUCCCACACUCUUUCCCUGUCCUCCAGUUCUAUGUUAUGUCCGAUGUUUCUUGGCCAUGCUAUCAUUUGUCUCUUUACUAAUUCUUCUGCCAAAUCAAAUUCCAAUAAAUAUUUAUAAAUGUUUGAAAUCAAUUUUUCCUCCGUGGCUUCUAAAAGUUUAUCCAACGAUUUGGUUUUAAUUCAAUUCCUCCUUCCUCUUGGUCUUUUUUCUAUCUUGUUUUUAUCUGUAAAUAGGGCCACCGGUCAACCUGAAUUCCUUGCUCUCCGAGUUCUUCUUGUGUUUUUAAUAUUCCACACAGAGCUGGCCAGAGACACUCGAUCCCUCGUCUCGUGUCUUGUAUCGGUUACCCCUUCGAUGAGAGAGGCCGCCACGGAGACCGCAGCCUCCCUGGACGGACAGUUGCAGGCUGAGAGUGGAAGGAGAGGAGGGAAAGAGCACCUGUGGAAAGGUUCCCCCAGAAAAAGCUGCCGGCUGCUGUAUAUCUCAGGCCCCAGGAUGCCAUCGGAAUUGGAGACGGCUAUGGAGAUCAUCAUCUCCGUCUUCCACAGAUACGCCCUCAGAAGCGGCGACAAGGAUAAGCUGAGCAAGAAGGAGCUGAAGCAGCUGCUGCAGAAUGAGCUGGGCGGCCCCUUGAAGACCCAGAAAUAUCCGGAGGGGGUGGACAAGAUCAUGCGCGGUCUGGACAAGAACGGCGACGGGCAAGUCAGUUUCCAGGAGUUCCUGAAGCUGGUGGCCGCCAUACUUAUAACAGGAAACUCUUCCUUUUCGGAGGAAACCUGAGCUUGCCGGCGGCCCUUAGCCGGAACACAAAGCUCGGGGGUUUGGGGGGGGCUUCAAGCCCAGCUGUCCCCUUCGCAACGCCUUUUCCCCCGUUUCUCGCGGCUUCUCUGCCCAACUGGGAGCACCCCGAGGUGCCAUGUAAUUGUCUGCUGGGACAGCCCUGCUGCUGAUUAAAGCUGUUUAGUGUG